AGUCGGCUUGCAAAGACAAAGAGAAGAAAAUCUCAGGUAGACCUGCAGUAGUAUAACUUGACCGUUGUUGCCAUCCGGUUCGUUCCCAUGGAUGCUAGUUAACCGCCCCUUAAUUCUUAAUUCUUCCCACCCCCUCCACAGUCGUCGUACGCAUUCCCUCGUAACGUACUCUCUGUUGGUCCAAGGCAUCGCGUGUUUUGCCGCAUAUCCGUCAAAGAAGCUUCUUUCUUGAACUCGGUACCAAAACCCACAUCACGGCAACAAUGCACGCCUCUCUCAAGACGUUCCUGGCCCUGGGCCUCGCCUCGGUCGCCUGUGCUCAGCACACCAAGCAGGAUGACGAGAUGGGUCCCGCCGCCUUCAUGUGGCCGGCUGACAGAGUCUGGAGCGGAGACAUGGACAACCAGGCUCCGUGUGGUUCAAAGUCUGGUGCUGCCAACAGAACCCAGUUCCCCUUGGUUGGCGGAAAGGUCGCUCUCGUUGCUCAGGAUGAUUACUACAACAGCAAGAUCUCCAUCUCUUAUCAGAACGAGCCAACCUCCAACAGCGACUUCACCACCAUCAUCGAGGAACAAUCCGUCUCGGACCUGAACCCAGGCCACACCUGCGUCGACGUCCCCAACCCGCCCUCGUCCAUCGCAGCAGGCUCCAACGCAACCCUCCAAAUCAUCUACCGCGCCGACUGGGACGCGCCCCACAACCAGACCUUCUACGCCUGCGCCGACAUCACCUACGUCGAGGCCGCCAACUUCAACACCCGCAUCCCCUGCUUCAACGCCACCGAGCCUGGCGAGGACGACAUCGCCGCCACGGCUUCGCCUUCCGCCUCAUCGACCAACGCCGCCUCCAACUCUGGCUCUGGCUCUGGUAGCAGCGGAAGCAAGAAGCUUUCCGGUGGUGCGAUUGCCGGUAUCGUCAUUGGUGCCGUCGCUGGUGUUGGUCUGCUGAUUGGUGCCGCGCUCUUCUUCUACCGCAAGAGCCAGCAGAAGAAGCGUAACUCGAGACUUGCCCGUAUGGAGGAGAACGCGAAGCGCUCUGAGCACUACAACGUCGGCAAGGACUCGACUUCGCAGAACAGCAUCAAAAUGAACAACCUUCCCUGAGAGUACCUUAGGAAAGACGGAGCCUCGAGACUGUCUCCUAAUCUCUGAUCCGUUACGUUGUGCAUAUUUCGUGUUAUUAAGUGGGAAAGGGGGGAGGACUGGAAUUUGGAAUGAGAAAUGAAGACGUUUGUGAUGGGCUGAGUGGGGUUGGGCUGGGAGAUAUGAUGGGCUGGAAGAGUUAUGUGUUAUGCGCGAUGAGAUGAUAUCCAGUUCUUAGUUUAGCAAUGAUUUGUUUCCUCUAAUAUCUCUUGCUUGAAGGACUUUGCCAUCUUCAAAAGGUUAGUAUCAAGUGAAGUAGCACAGCCACAGCUUUGCUCUAGACAACCGAGACAACAGACUUAUUCGCUCAAGUCAAGUAAUCAAGACAAUU